ACAAGUUUAGCCGGCUAACGUGUUGCGAUAUAAAAUUUCACUCUUUCACAGAGUUACUAAGCAAUAUUACGUAUCUCAACUAAUAAAAGCAACAAUGAGUAAAAUAGAAUUGGCAACUUUUUACAAUGGCAAUAAAAUUCCUAUGGUUGGACUUGGGACGUGGAAGUCUAAAGGUAGCGCCGCAGUUGACAUAAUAAAGGACGCAAUACGCAUUGGAUACCGUCACAUCGACACUGCUCCUAUUUACGGCAAUGAGCAGGAAAUCGGAGAAGCGAUCACAUCCUCGAUCCAGGAGGGCGUUGUUAAACGCGAGGACUUAUUCCUAACGAGUAAGCUAUGGAACACCCAGCAUCGGUGCGAUUUGGUCGAGCCUGCAUUGAGGAAAACUUUAUGCGAUUUGAAUGUGGAUUACAUUGACUUGUACCUUAUUCACUGGCCAUUCGCUUACGAAGAGAGUAAGGAAUAUUUUCCUGAGGGUCCAGAUGGAAAAAUCCUAUUCGGUGAUGUCGAUUAUAUCGAUACGUGGAAAGCAAUGGAGCAAAUAUUGGAGAAAGGCCUCGCUAAAAAUAUAGGUGUCAGCAAUUUUAAUUCCAAGCAGCUUACCAGAAUUCUCGAUGUAUGCAAAGUUAAACCAGUGACAAACCAAGUUGAAUGCCAUCCAUAUUUAAAUCAAGUGAAACUGUCCAAAUUUUGUAAAUCGCACGGAAUAUUUAUAACGGCGUAUAGUCCGCUCGGCUCUUCGGACAGACCCUGGGCCAAGCCAGGUGAUCCAAAUUUAUUAGAGGAUCCAAAAAUUAAAGAAAUUGCGGAUAAAUACAAGAAAACGCCGGCCCAAGUUAUUCUGCGCUAUCAGAUACAACAAGAUCACAUUAUUGUUCCAAAAUCCGCAUCGAAGAUAAGAUUAGAAGAGAAUACAAAGCUUUUUGAUUUUCAAUUAACUGAAGAUGAUAUGCAACUUCUUCAUACAUUUGAUCGUAAAUGGAGAGUUUGCCCAAUGAAUUCCUCUGUGAAACAUAAAGAUUAUCCCUUCUAUGAAGAAUUUUGAUUAUAAUUAUAUAUUUAAUUAGUAGAGUUUUUAUUUGAUUUUAUUAAAUAUUUCA